AUGAGUCAAUAUUCGUAUCCCCUCGUACUGGUAAGCAAGACAUCUCGAAGUUUUAUAAAUGAAGGGUCACGGAAACCAAUUUUACGUAUUCAACGCAUCUGGGAUAACAUUGUCUCAAACUACCAUGUUCUCGUCCAUAUAUCGUUGUCAAGAGAUGGCAUUAUCGACGAUUUUGAUCUUCUCUGGCUCGUACUGUAA